CGGGCGGGAGGGCGGCUGGCACAGGGCUUGUAAAUAAACUGCGAUGCUGUCUCGGGCUCGCCGGCCCUGGUGCGGCCGCCGCCGUCGCCUCACGGGAGCUUCGGUGCCAGGCUCCCGCCGCCGCGCGCCCUAGCGCCACCGCGCCAGCCUCGCGCGCCCUCGCCGGGUUCCCCGCGGACCCCGGCUCCCCGCGCCCCUCGGGGUCCCGCGGCGGACCCGCUCGGGAUGUGACCCCUUGACUCCCCACCCGACCUCCCCUGCCCCCCGGGAGGCCCGCCUUUGCCUGCUUUUGGGGGGGUGGGCGGGGAGGGGCGCGCGGAUCAUGGCAUUGGAGUUCCCGGGUUUGCAGCCGCCGCCGCCGCCUCGUCCACGCACCCCAAGCGCCCCUUCUUCCCAGAGGAGCAGCGGAGGAGGCGAAGCGCCCGGUGGGGGCGAGGCAGAUGGGGCUCAAGGCUCGCAGGGCAGCGGGGGCGGCCGGCGGAGGAGGAGGCGAAGGGGGCGGCGGAGGCGGCGGGGCAGCUAACCCCGCCGGAGGGGACGCGGCGGCGGCCGGCGACGAGGAGCGGAAAGUGGGGCUGGCGCCAGGAGACGUGGAGCAAGUCACCUUGGCGCUAGGGACCGGAGCCGACAAAGACGGGACCCUGCUGCUGGAGGGCGGUGGCCGCGAAGAGGGGCAGCGGAGGACCCCGCAGGGCAUCGGGCUCCUGGCCAAGACCCCCCUGAGCCGCCCAGUCAAGAGGAACAACGCCAAGUACAGGCGCAUCCAAACUUUGAUCUACGACGCCCUGGAGAGACCGCGGGGCUGGGCGCUGCUCUACCACGCGCUCGUGUUCCUGAUUGUCCUGGGAUGCUUGAUUCUGGCCGUGCUCACCACCUUCAAGGAAUACGAAACUGUGUCUGGAGACUGGCUUUUGCUACUGGAAACAUUUGCUAUUUUCAUCUUUGGAGCUGAGUUUGCUUUAAGGAUCUGGGCUGCCGGAUGUUGCUGUCGAUACAAAGGCUGGCGUGGACGGCUGAAGUUUGCCAGGAAGCCCCUGUGCAUGUUGGACAUCUUCGUGCUGAUUGCCUCUGUGCCAGUGGUUGCCGUGGGAAACCAGGGCAAUGUCCUGGCCACCUCCUUGCGAAGUCUGCGCUUCCUGCAGAUCCUGCGCAUGCUUCGGAUGGACAGGAGGGGCGGCACCUGGAAGCUCCUGGGCUCAGCCAUUUGUGCCCACAGCAAAGAACUCAUCACCGCCUGGUACAUCGGCUUCCUGACACUCAUCCUCUCUUCAUUUCUCGUCUACCUGGUGGAGAAGGAUGUGCCGGAGGUGGACGCACAAGGAGAAGAGAUGAGAGAGGAGUUCGAGACCUAUGCAGAUGCUCUGUGGUGGGGCCUGAUCACACUGGCCACCAUCGGCUACGGAGACAAGACACCGAAAACCUGGGAAGGACGUCUGAUUGCUGCCACCUUUUCCUUAAUCGGCGUCUCCUUCUUUGCCCUUCCAGCAGGUAUCCUUGGCUCAGGACUGGCACUCAAGGUACAGGAGCAGCACCGUCAGAAGCACUUUGAAAAGAGAAGGAAGCCAGCCGCUGAACUCAUCCAGGCUGCCUGGAGGUAUUAUGCUACCAACCCCAAUAGGAUUGACCUGGUGGCAACCUGGAGAUUUUAUGAAUCCGUUGUCUCUUUCCCAUUCUUCAGGAAAGAACAGCUGGAGGCAGCAGCCAGCCAAAAGCUGGGUCUCUUGGAUCGGGUUCGCCUUUCUAAUCCUCGUGGUAGCAAUACUAAAGGAAAGUCAUUUACCCCUCUGAAUGUAGAUGCCAUAGAAGAAAGCCCUUCUAAAGAACCAAAGCCCGUGGGCUUAAACAAUAAAGAGCGUUUCCGCACCGCCUUCCGCAUGAAAGCCUACGCUUUCUGGCAGAGUUCUGAAGAUGCUGGGACAGGUGAUCCCAUGGCAGAAGACAGGGGCUAUGGGAAUGACUUCCUCAUUGAAGACAUGAUCCCCACCCUCAAGGCUGCCAUCCGAGCUGUCAGGAUUCUACAAUUCCGUCUGUAUAAGAAAAAAUUCAAAGAGACUUUGAGGCCUUAUGACGUGAAAGAUGUGAUUGAACAGUAUUCCGCAGGACACCUUGACAUGCUUUCCAGGAUAAAGUACCUUCAGACAAGAAUAGAUAUGAUUUUUACCCCUGGACCUCCAUCCACUCCAAAACAUAAGAAGUCUCAGAAAGGGUCAGCAUUCACCUACCCAUCCCAGCAGUCUCCAAGGAACGAACCAUAUGUAGCCAGGGCAGCCACAUCAGAAGCCGAAGACCAAAGCAUGAUGGGGAAGUUUGUAAAGGUUGAAAGACAGGUUCACGACAUGGGGAAGAAGCUGGACUUCCUGGUGGACAUGCACAUGCAACAUAUGGAGCGCCUGCAGGUUCACGUCACGGAGUUCUACCCGACCAAGGGGGCCUCCUCCCCAGCAGAAGCGGGGAGGAAAGAGGACAGCAGGUACUCUGAUCUGAGAACCAUCAUCUGCAACUACUCAGAGGCAGGCCCCCCAGGCCCUCCCUACGACUUCCACCAGGUGCCCAUCGAAAGAGUCGGCCCCUAUGGGUUUUUUUCACAUGACCCUGUGAACCUGACCCGUGGGGGACCCAGUUCUACAAAGGCUCAGGCCCCCCUCCCCUCCUCGGGAGGUACAUAUGCAGAGAGGCCCACAGUUCUGCCCAUCUUGACUCUCCUGGACUCCUGUGUGAGCUAUCACUCCCAGACAGAACCGCACGGCCCCUACCCGGACCGCAUCUCACCCCGCCAGAGACGCAGCCUCACUAGGGACAGCGACACACCUCUGUCCCUCAUGUCUGUCAACCACGAGGAGCUGGAGCGGUCUCCAAGUGGCUUCAGCAUCUCCCAGGACAGAGAUGAUUAUAUGUUUGGCCCCAGUGGGGGAUCGAGCUGGAUGAGGGAGAAGAGAUACCUGGCUGAGGGGGAGACAGACACAGACACAGACCCCUUCACGCCCAGUGGCUCCAUGCCUAUGUCGUCCACUGGGGAUGGCAUUUCGGAUUCCAUAUGGACCCCUUCCAACAAGCCCAGCUAGAAGGGGUCACUGGCUGACUCCUGGUACUGCAGACAGGCUUUGUACAGCUCACUCACUCUCACACCUAACACUUACAAUGGUGUUAAGUGGCUGUGUCGAGCGCAUGCAUGUGC